AUGGCCACUACACCCACCCUUCAAGAAAAUGUUGAAACAAUAGAAGGAGAUCCUGAAAAUGCUUUAUCACCUGAUACUGAAGAGGAAAAUGAGGGAAAUGAGUCAAAGAAUGAAGGAGACAGUGGAAGAAAGAGACAUAAAUUAGCUGUUUGGGUGCAUUUUGAAAGGUUGCCAUUGGACAAAACUAAUGGAGAACCUCGUGCUAAGUGCAAGUAUUGCCCAACAACAAUUGGUUGUGACUCUACAAGACAUGGUACAAAUGGAAUGAGAAAACAUGUAAAAAGAUGUCCCAGAAAUCCGAACAAAGCAAACAAGUUGGUACAAUCUUUGCUAUCGGGCUCUCAAUUAGGGUCAUCUAAAACUUUGAGUCAUCAUCUAUUUAAUCAACUUGAUUGCAGACAAGCCAUUGCUAUAUUUGUGAUAUUGGAUGAGAUGCCUUUUAAUGUUGUGGAAGGUGAUGGUUUUAAAGAGAUGAUGAGAAGGUUAGAACCUUGCUUUCAAGUCCCUUCAAGAGCGAUAGUUACUAGAGAUUGCUACAAGUUGUACCUUGAAGAAGCUAGAAAGUUGAAAAGGUAUUUUAAAAAAUCUCAAAUCCGUGUUUCACUCACUACUGAUACUUGGACUUCCAAUCAAAAUGCCAAUUAUAUGUGCUUAACUGCUCACUGGGUUGAUGAGCAUUGGACAUAUCAAAAGCGAAUCUUGAAUUUUUGUGUAGUUGAAAAUCAUAAGGGAGAAACAAUUGCUCAAGAAAUUGAGAAAUGCUUGCUGUUUUGGAGCAUUGAUACGGUGUUUACAAUCAUAGUUGAUAAUGCUUCUUCUAAUGACACUGCUUUGGCAUCUUUAAAGGGGGUCUUGAGGCAUUGGAAUAGUUUAGUUUGUGAUGGGGAGUUCUUGCACUUACGUUGUUGUGCGCAUAUCUUAAAUUUGAUUGUUUCUGAUGGUGUGAAGGAUAUGCACAAGUGUAUUGAAGGCAUUCAAAAUGCCAUUAAAUAUGUGAGAUCUUCUCUAUCAAGGUUUCAUAAAUUCAAGGAGCUUGUGGAAAAAAUGAAAAUUGAUUCAAAAAGGCUACUAAGCAUGGAUUGUCCAACUAGAUGGAAUUCAACUUACAUCAUGUUAGAGAGUGCAAUUAAAUUUUGCAACGUUUUUGAGAGGAUGGAGCAGCAAGAUAAUGAUUACAGAAACUUCUUCUUGGAUAAAAAUUUGAUUGGUCCCCCUAAUGAAAAUGAUUGGAAGGAUGCAAAAGAUUUUGUGAUCUUUUUGAAGAUAGUUGAUGUCUUUGCAAUUUUAUAUGAAAAUGCAAACAAUCAUGAUUCCUUGCUUUGUGAUAUGGCUAAGAGCAUGUUGACCAAGUAUAAUAAGUAUUGGGGGAACUUAGAGAAACUUAAUCUUUUGCUUGUGGUAGCAGUGGUACUUGACCCAAGGUAUAAAAUGAAAUAUUUGCAGUUUGCUUUUGAGGAUAUGUUUCUUGAGACUACACAACGUGAAGCUAUGACAAAAAAAGUCUCAGAUGUCUUGUAUCGUUUAUAUGAUCAUUAUUCAAGUGGGGUUGACACAUCUCAGACUCAAAGUCAGAGUCAAAGUCAGACACAAGGAGCAAGUGAAAGUAGUUUGACUCAAUCACUUAGAUCAGAUCGUAGGCCUUUAACUUUCUUAAGUUCUAGGUCUAGGGCUUCAUUUCAAAGGUUUCUUGCCCAAAAAGAGAUUGAGGUUCAAGCAGAUAAGUAUGCAGAGGUGGACAAGUAUUUGCACGAUGAGUUAGCUGAAGCACUUGAUCCAAAUUUUGACAUUUUAACAUGGUGGAAAUUGAAUUCGGCUAAAUAUAAAGUCCUUUCAUUAAUUGCACGUGAUGUAUUGGCCAUGCCUGUUUCUACUGUGUCUUUAGAAUCUGCAUUUAGCACAGGAGGUCAUGUAAUUGAUGAUUUUAGGAGCUCCCUAUCUCCAAAGAUGGUUGAGGCACUAAUUUGUGCCCAAAACUGGCUAUCUCCAUCAACUGCAAAACUGAAAGGUGUUGAUGUUGAUAAUUUUAACGAUACAGAGCAAGCUGUGGAAGGGAAGGAAUUUGAAGUGAUCGAGAAUUUGGGAAGAAUUCAAGUGCCGUUCAAAUGGAAGCAAUAUGAGGACGUCCCGAUCCCAUCCCGGUCCCAUCCCGACUCUUUUUGGGACGGGACAGCUUCCGGGACGGGACGGGACACGGGACAAAUUUUUAGUCCCGAUCAUUUUUCGGGACGGGCCAUGGGACAGGGAUGUCCCGGUUCCGUCCCGUCCCGUGAACACCCUUACAUGAAA